CCUCAUAAAACCCAAAGAAGAAGAAGAAGAAAACGACAGUGCUGGAGCGGUGAAUACACUUAACAAUACAGUAGUGCCGUUUUGAGUUUUGUUUUGAAACCUUUGAUUUAGUUACACGUGUAAAUAUUGACAUGGCUCAGAAAGCUUGUUCGAGGCUUGCCGCAGCGAUUCCAUGGCUUUUAGCAAACCGAAAUGUCAUUUCAGCCUCACGAAGAGCACUGUCAAACACAUUCGGUACUCACUCCCGAUGUGCAUCAUAUAUCCAUGCCACCCACAAAGAGUACCUGUUACGUAGUUUCAGCUCAUCCCCAUUGCCAGAAACUGAUGUCUCUUACGAACAAUUAAAGAAACUAAUCGCUACCCGAACAAGUGUGGUAAUAGAUGUCCGGGAGCCGUGGGAACUCCGAGAGUACGGAAACAUCCCGGGGUCAAUCAACGUACCUCUGGGACAGGUGAACAUUGCCCUCCAGCUGAAUCCUGAGGAGUUCAAGGAGAAGUAUGGUGGAGACAUGCCCCAGCCGACAGACCACAUUGUCUUUUCCUGCCUGGCUGGGAUAAGGAGCCAAAAAGCCCUAGACCAAGCCGUCGCUCUAGGAUAUAAAGACGUACAACACUAUGCAGGUGGAUGGCAAGAUUGGGCAAAAUGUGAACAGGAAAGCUGAUUGUCUGGGAGGCUCAAGAAUUGUGCCAUUCUUGGAAGUCGUUUUGCUUAAUCAUACCAGAAGUUUAUAAGGUUUUAUUUAAUCAAUCAAGAUUGAGCUAUUAUCUGACAUUUCAGAUUAUUAUGGAAGGUAAUCCAUAAAUAGCCAAUUUUGCUUUAUAUCAUUAGAGGGAAUGUACACAGCAAAUUGACCACUGUUACCUGUUGAUUCAAGAGUGAAAUUGACCCUGUGGUUUAAAAUAAACCCAUUGUUGGUGUUAAUAACCCGUUUCAAGUGUGAUUGUGUCAGUUUCUCUGUGGAGAAAUUCACACCCAUCAUUAUCGUAUUUCCCAGCAUGCUCUACUGCAGCAAAAAAAAAUAGGAUUGUUUUAAGUGUUUUUGCAUGUACAUUGAUUAAGUUCAAAAUCCUAUGCUACAUAAAGAUAAAUAAACGAAUUCAAUCAGUUA